UGCUCCACGUGCUGUGGCUGUGCUGCUUCAUCAGACUGCCAGCCUGUCUCACUCGGCAUCCACUCAGCCCGCCCUUUGACGCCCUGCUCUGCCCUCGCCUCACUGGUAGGCCCACCUCAUGCAGUGCCCAACCCCUGCACCUGUCACACCUGUCCCUCAGCUGCCCUGCAGCCUUCACACCUCGGUGACCUGCCCCAGCUCCCAGCCCUUGACCUGCCAACUGGAUCACUCACCAGUCAGCAUCAUGGUCCCCAGCAGGAACCUCGUAGUGGUGGUUCUCAUCAAUUGCGGUGA